GCGGGGAAGGGGAUGAGGGGAGCGCCUUCCGCCGGCGCCUCAGGACGGGGCGGCCUCGGCCCGGCCCCGUCGGGAAGCAGCGGGGUUGUCUGUGGUAUUUUUUUUUUAAUUUAUUUUUAUUUUUUGUUGUUGUUCAAAGAAUGUACUUUUCCCUGCCUCCCUCCUUCAAGAUCAGAAAACGGUUUGUGCUUCGCUGAUCUGUAACCAGAGGGAACAGUGUGAGACACAGGAGCCAGGAUGUUGAGAACUGUGAGGAAACUUCCGAUGAGCGCGUUGAAGUUAACAAGUUUAUGCAGUGAGCAUGCCUGUUUCAGGAAGACAAAAAUCAGAGUCCUAAGCCUGACAUGGCAGAACACCGGUCAAAGAAACUACAGUUAUUCACCAGAAGAUGUUAAAUCUCUACGUUCUGUCAUUAAUCCUCAUAUAUCCAGAAUCCGCAACAUUGGCAUCAUGGCCCAUAUUGAUGCAGGGAAAACUACAACAACAGAGAGAAUGCUGUAUUAUUCUGGAUACAUAAGAACACUUGGAGAUGUUGAUGAUGGGGACACAGUGACAGAUUUUAUGGUACAGGAACGAGAACGUGGUAUUACCAUUCAGUCUGCUGCUGUUACUUUUGACUGGAAGGACUACAGAAUCAAUCUGAUUGACACGCCAGGCCAUGUAGACUUUACACUGGAAGUCGAGCGUUGCUUGAGAGUGCUGGAUGGAGCAGUAGCAGUGUUCGAUGCUUCAGCUGGCGUUGAGGCACAAACUCUGACAGUCUGGAGACAAGCAGACAAACAUCAGAUACCACGAAUCUGCUUUUUAAACAAGAUGGACAAAAACAGGGCAAGCUUUACGUACGCUGUUGAGAGUAUCAAACGAAAGUUGAAGACAAAACCUUUGCUUUUACAGUUGCCCAUUGGGGAGGCCAAGACUUUCAGAGGACUGGUUGAUGUUGUGACUAAGGAACAAAUAAUUUGGAAACCUACUUCUGAUAUGGAUGACGGAAAACAUUUUGAGCAGAAGCUGCUGCUAGAGACUGAUGAUCCCAACCUGUUCCAAGAAGUCCAGGAUGCUAGAAAUACCUUAAUAGAACAAGUUGCAGAUCUGGAUGAUGAAUUUGCUGAACUGGUUCUAGGAGAAUACAGUGAAAAUUUUGACCUACUACCAGCUGACAAGCUACAGUCUGCUAUACGCAGGGUCACACUAGCUCAGAAAGCAGUACCUGUACUCUGUGGCAGUGCAUUGAAGAACAAAGGAGUACAGCCUUUACUGGACGCUAUUACUAUGUACUUGCCUGCACCUAAUGAGCGGUCAUAUGAGUUUCUGCAAUGGUACAAAGAUGACCUGUGUGCCCUAGCGUUUAAAGUACUUCACGAUAAAUGUCGUGGACCACUGGUUUUCAUUCGUGUUUAUUCAGGUUCACUGAAACCUCAAUCAGCUGUAUAUAAUAUUAACAAAAGCUGCACGGAGAGAAUAAGCCGUCUGCUCCUGCCUUUUGCUGAUCAGCAAAUUGAAAUACCAUCACUAAUGCCUGGCAACAUUGCCCUUACUGUUGGGUUAAAACAGAGUGCCACUGGAGAUACCAUAGUGUCAUCGAAGGCUUCAGCUGUAGCUGCAGCACAACGAGCUGGAAGGGAUACUGGGAAAGAGCGGAGGAGUAGCAGUGACGUGGAGAGCCUUCUGCUGGCAGGUGUUGAGAUUCCUGAGCCUGUCUUCUUCUGUACCAUUGAACCUCCUUCAAUGGCCAAGCAACAAGACUUGGAUAAUGCAUUGAGCUGCCUUCAGCGUGAAGAUCCAAGCUUGAAAGUGAAGCUAGAUCCUGACACAGGACAAACUAUUCUUUGUGGCAUGGGAGAACUACACAUAGAGAUCAUUCAUGACCGAAUCAAACGUGAAUAUGGAAUAGAAACUUACUUGGGACCUCUUCAAAUAGCCUACAGAGAAACCAUCCUAAAUGCUGCACAAGCCACAGAUGUGUUGGAUAAAACAGUAGGAGAUAAACGACACUUUGUAACCACAGAGCUAGAGGUGAGGCCCAGGAUAGGGGACAAAGCAAUGACAAAACCUGCCAUUGAGUAUGCUGAAAGUGUCAUUGAAGUGCUACCGAAAGAACUUCAGGGAGCUAUAGAAAAUGGAAUCACAAAUUCAUGUAUUCAAGGACCUUUGCUAGGAUUCCCAGUUCAGGAUAUAGAUGUGACAGUGCAAUCACUGACAAUGCAUCCUGACACCUCCCACACAAUGGUGUCAGCUUGUGUCUCCCGUUGCUUGCAAAAGGCUUUGAAAAAAGCUGGUAUACAAGUACUGGAGCCCCUGAUGAACCUAGAAAUCACAGUGAGUGAAGAUCAUCUCAGUGCAGCACUUGCUGACCUUGCACAACGGAGGGGCAGUGUUCAGGAAAUCCAGAGUCGUCAAGAUAACAGGGUUGUGGUUGCUGCUGUUCCACUAGCAGAAAUGAUGGGCUACUCAACAGUUCUGCGUUCUCUAACAUCAGGCUCAGCAACCUUCACUUUGGAGUUAGCCAGUUAUCAAGCCCUGAACAGCCAAGAGCAAAGUGCCCUUCUGCAAAGGAAGAUGGGGUUGGUGUGACCAUUCUGCUCUGCAGAAGGAAGAAGACUGUCCUAUCUUCCCUGUUAAAUAUUUUCAGGAGACUGUUUACAUAGACGAGUAUGUUCUUCUGUGAUGAACUCAUUGUGAUAAAUAGUGAGUUAGCUGCUGUACGAGUGGACUGUGCUUUUGACUGUCCGAGGGAAGGUUCAAGGAACUGUGUUCAUCUGGCACAGCCUUGUAAUUGCAAAGCAGCUGAACCAGAGAUGGGGCUACAGUCUGCUGCUUUGGCAGUCCUUAUCUUACAGGCAUCUACAAUGAGAAGUAAUGGUCAUUCCAAUGAAGAGGAUUUAUAUUAUUAAGUGCUAUAAAGAUUGAUUCUUACUUUACUAAGUAAAGUUUGUGAAGCUUAUGGCUACAGAUGAAUACAGUUUUGCUAGGCUGUAUUUGAGUUCUUUUCAGCUGACUACAAGAGUAUGGUUAAGAAGCAAUUUGAACUCUACAAAUAUAAAUAUUCCUGUAGUGUUAGAAACCAACUUGGAACAGAGUUUAGGACACUGAAUGUAACUUUUGCCUGAGUUUUCUUUACCAAGUAUGUGGAGUGCAGGCUUCUGCACACUGAGUAAGAUCUGUUCAAAAAAUACAAGAAAGGCAGCGUUCUCCCCCAACAGGAAUCCCUACCUACCAUCUUGGAUAUGUUCAGGGAGGAUUUCUUUUGACCUUUAAGAAUGAUUAAUAUAAGCUUUAAAUGGUUCUGAUUUGCUGUGUAUUACAAUUACUUUGUGAUUUGCAAUUACCUAGAAAAGUAACAUAUGACAAGACACUUUUAAAUAAAAAUGGUCUGCUCUU